CUGUUUGUGACAUAUGACUCCGACAGAUUUUAUCCUUCAGUCCUUUGUUGAGGUUAUCUGAACGGACUGGAGGGAUGGCGGAUCCAACAAAUCCCGCAGCUACCUCUUUCCCAGCGCCGACCAUUUCGUUACCUUUGGGACCUGAUGUACUAAGGACAUACUCCGGAGCAUUGAUAUGCUUAGAAAUUGUGUUUGGAGGGCUGGUAUGGAUCUUGGUGGCGUCAUCGAAUGUACCUGUGCCUCUACUGCAAGGCUGGGUGAUGUUGGUAUCUGUAACCAUGUUCUGCUGCUCCACCGCCUACCUGCUUUUUUUCUUACUGGGUUUGGCUGACCGAAUCGACACGGACUGGAAUUUCCUGGACAUGUUCUACCAUUUCAUUGCACUAGUUUUCUACUUUGGGGCUUUUGUGCUGGAAGCUGCAACUACAUCAGCAGCAAGUCUAAACAGCAACUGCACAGACACACCGAAGGGGAACAUCAUCACCUUCCUCAGUAGUCAGCAGUACAAUAUUAAUGUGGCAGCUACUAUAUUUGCCUUCGUGGCAACUUUGUGCUAUGGAUGCAGCAUGAUCAUGGGAUUCAAAAGAUGGAGGAAGUAGUUGCGAGAAACAUCACAACAGACAUACUCUACUACACAGGAUAGUCUAACAUUACAUUACAUGAUUUAAAUUCAGAUAAAGGGGUUAACAGUCUUGUGCUAAAUCAUGCAGACCUAUUUACCGUAAUAUGGAAGUUUUUGUACUGUAUAGUAACAUAUUCAGUGUUCACCAUAGAAAAUAUUUUCUAGGUAAUUUAUAUUUCACUGAUUGUUAUUGAUGAUUAUUAUUAUUUGCACCAAGUAUUUUCAGAAAGAGUGGAAGAGAGAAAUGUUUUUUUCAUUGUGUUAUUUUAUUUGUGCACUGUAGUUACACACAAAACAUUAAGGUUACUCAGUUUUGGUAGAUUUUUAGGGUUAGUAUUUUAGAUUUUUAUUCUUGACUAUGUUGCACUGGUAAAAUAAUAAAGUAUAUUUAACCUAUUGUAUUACAUUUGUCAGUACAGCAUAUUUACAUUUAGACAUUACUUGAUUAAUGGUAAUCUGUAUCCAUUAGUGUUUUGAUCAUUAUUUGUACAAUAUAUGUUGUAAUACAUAAACCAAGAGCAGUUUUA